AUGUUUGGAAUCCUCAAUUUCUCCCUCUUAGCUGUCCCUAUGGCUUUAGGGUUAAUGCAUGGCUGGGGUUACCUGUUCUGGAUAACUCUUCUAGGAUUACUACUGCUAGCCUGGAGAAAAGUUGCAUUCUCUGUAGCAUCUCAUCAGAAAAGAAGUGAUCUGACUGGCAAAGCAGUGCUCAUCACCGGCUGUGAUACUGGCUUUGGGCAUUCACUGGCCUUAAGACUAUUCCAUCUUGGCUUCACUGUAUUUGCUACUUGCCUUUUUCCAGAUGGGGAAGGAGCAAAAAGUCUGAGGCAGGAGGCAGGAACUAGCCAUCGUCUGCAUGUUUUCAAACUCGAUGUCACUCAGGAUCAAGAUGUGGCUGAUGCCAAGGACUUCCUCCUGAAGAAUCUGCCUGAAAACAGUCUCUGGGGUCUAGUAAACAAUGCAGGUCUAGGAUUGUGUGGGGAGAUGGAAUGGAUACCUUUUGAAGAAUCAAAAAAAGUUUUAGAUGUCAAUAUUUUGGGGAGCAUCAGAACAACUCUAAAAUUUCUUCCUCUUAUAAAAAAGAGUCAAGAGCAAUACAGAAGUGUGAUAAAUGGGUUCUGGGCUGGACGUUUAGUCUUCAUGUCUAGUAUAAGUGCAUUUAAAGGAUUCGGAAGUGCCUCCUAUUCUUUAUCCAAAAUUGCAUUGGAAAAAUUUGGUGAUGUCUUACGUGUUGAACUAAAGAAAUCUGGAGUUAAGGUUUCUCUUAUUGAACCAGGAAACUAUUCUUGUGCCACUAAUAUUUUGAAAACGUACAAUGUGGAAACAUGCUGGAAUAAAUUUGAUGAAGAAACUAAAGCAAGCUAUAGUAAAGAAUACCUACAUUCUUAUGCUAUAAUUGAUGCUUUAGUGAAUCAAGAACCAAAAAGAAGAUAUUUGGUCGCAACUUUUAAGGAAAAAUGUUUGGUCUAUGCUAUUUACUAUUUGCCAGCAUCCCUAACAGAUUUAUUCUUCUCUUCAUAG